AUGCCUGACCGGGACAGCUCCUACCUGUCAGGUGGCGGCGGCGGUGGUCUGGGUGAGGAAGGAGGACCUGGGUCAGGUUUGUCAGGGGGCUCGGCAGAGGGCAGAGGGGGCCUAGGAGGAAGCAUCGGAGGCAACGGCUCCGGAAGCAUGGGGGGUGGAGGGGCGCUCGGGAACGGCAACGGAGGAAGUGGCGGCCAAGGUGCCGGACUGCCGCUGGACGGUGUCUGCAGGGACUUUGUGCGCAAUGUCUGCAAGAGAGGGAAACGCUGUCGCUUUAGACACCCAGACUUUAAUCAGGUGCCAGACUUAGGAGUGCAAAAGAACGAGUUCAUCUUUUGUCAUGACCAUCAGAAUAAGGAGUGUAUGCGUUCCAACUGCCGCUUUGUCCACGGAUCUAAAGAGGACGAGGACCAUUACAAGAAAACAGGAGAGCUGCCUCUCAGGUUAAGAGGGAAAGUUGCAGCACGACUGGGCCUGUCCCCCAUGGAUCUCCCCCACAGCCGCGGGGAGGUCCCAAUCUGCAGAGACUUCCUGACAGGGGAGUGCCAGAGGGGCAACAAAUGUAAAUUUCGCCAUGUCAAAAAAGACUACGAAUAUGAGCCUUCCAGGGUUGGAGUGGUUGGUGUUAUGGGGCCAGGUGCCAGUGGAAUGGUUAAUGCAGGAGGAGGGAUAGGUGUUGGAGGAGUAGGGGCCUGUGGAGUAAUGCAAGGACUUGUGGGAGCAGGAGGGGGGAGUAAUAUGAUGGGUAUGGGAUGUCCUAGCUUGGGUGGUUGCAGAGAUCCAGGUAUCUCAGGAGUUGGGGGAGUAGUUGGAGGUGGAAUGAGUGGCUGCCUGUCGAUAAGCUCUUCAGGACAGCGGCGUUAUGACAGGAGCUCAUGCUCAGUGUACGAUCCUCUGCUUGAGAAUGGACUGUUCGAUGCUGGUUCCCUGGAGGCCUCGAUGGACCACACUGCUCUCCAGCUGAAGAGGCGGCGGUUGGAGGGCCUGCGCCUGGUGGACGGGAACAUAGGAGGACACUAUGAGCUGGGAGUUCAAGCAACCUUGGCACCACGUCCUCUUGAGUACAGGUUCCUGGAGGAAGAGAACUCCCUGCUGAGGAAGAGAGUGGAAGAGUUGAAGAAGCAGGUGUCAAAUCUCCUUGCCACAAAUGAGGUUCUUCUGGAGCAGAACGCCCAGUUCCGAAACCAGGCCAAGGUGAUGACGCUCUCUUCCACGCCUGCGCCCACUGAGCAGUCCAUGGCACCCCCUGUGGGCGCAGUGAGUUCCUACAAUCACAGCAUUGCUCAGACUCACACCACCCUGAGCAGCGCUGGACUGCAACCUCGGUCCGUCAUACAGCAGGACCUGGUAGCGUCCACCGGUGCCCCUUCAGCACCCCCAUCUAAUGCAGCCCCGCCUACGGCUCCUCCACCCCACCUCAACCCCGAGAUCACCCCUCUCUCGGCUGCCCUCGCACAGACCAUUGCUCAAGGAAUGGCGCCUCCCGUCUCUAUGGCUCCGGUGGCUGUGUCUGUGGCACCAGUGGCAGUGUCCAUGACACAGCCUAUGCCUGGCAUUACCAUGAGUCACGCCACCACCCCGAUGGUGUCGUACCCCAUUGCAAGUCAAAGCAUGAGGAUCACCUCUCUGCCUCACUAACUGAUUCAUGGAUCGACUGUAGUACGCACAAGUCAGACUGUAGCAUCCUGACUGGGGAUUGUUAUAACAGAUCAUUUCUUUUCAUUUGUUUGUGACUCGACCGAUAAUGGAUCAGUAACAAGAGAGGUAUAGUUAUCUCUCCACCAGAGGGCAGGAUAAAGACUUCUGUGUUCAGCCUCCCACACUCUGAGUCCAAUGUAAUGGCAAACAUUACAGGUACAUGUUUUCCUACAGACUGACUGACCUGUGAACUCUGCUAAAAGUCUGUGUACCAAUGGAUUUUCCUUUUUUCUUUUUCAAACAUAGGCACAAAAAAAUGCCAACAAACUCAAUGCGGUGAGGUCAUCCAUAGUGUUUGAACCAUUUCUGCGAGACUGCUGUGCCAUCCUUGUGGGAACAAGAAGACUUUGGAAGCAGUUUACGUUUAUAUUUUUGUGGUUUGCUUUGCAAAAAUAAAAAAAAAAGAAUAACAACCACUCUAAAA